AACCCUCUUCCUUCUGUCAGAGUAUCUCUCCAUCCGUCUGAAAGUCUCAAAGCAAAAAUGUUAAGUUUAUUCACAAAUACAUUUUCCAACACUUCACUCACUUCCCCACUCUUUCUUCCUUCUCUCUCUUCUCAAGCUGCCACCUCCAAUUCCAGGGCAAAAAUGUCGUCUUCUUCAUCAUUGAUUUCCCCUCUUCCAGAGAAUCGCAUUGUGCUUGGUUGUGGUGGUGUUGUAGUGGAUUUAUUAGCAGCUGUAUCUAGCUAUCCUAAGCCAGAUGACAAGAUUAGAAGUACAAGUUUUCAGGUACAAGGAGGUGGCAAUGUUGGAAAUGCUUUGACAUGCGCUGCUCGACUGGGCUUAAAUCCAAGGGUGAUAUCCAAGGUUGCUGAUGAUGCUCAAGGUAGAGGGAUAUUGGAGGAGCUUGAAGCUGAUGGUGUGGAUACUUCAUUCUUUGUCGUCUCACCAGAGGGAAAUUCGCCAUUUACCUAUAUCAUUGUUGACUAUGAAACGAAAACUCGCACUUGUAUUCAUACUCCUGGAUAUCCCCCGAUGGCACCAGAAGAACUUUCCCAGUCAAAAUUAGACUCUGCUUUAGAUGGAGCAAAGCUUGUAUACUUUGAUGUUAGACUGCAUGAAACUGCUUUAGUUGUUGCAAAAGAGGCAACUCGUAGAAAUAUUCCUAUUCUAGUAGAUGCGGAAAAGAAGAGAGAAGGGCUGGAUGAGCUUUUGAAUUUUGCCACAUAUGUGGUAUGCUCAGCGAAAUUGCCAAAGGAAUGGACAGAAGCAUCUUCUGUACCAACAGCCCUGCUUUCCAUGAUGUUGAGAUUACCAAAUCUUAAGUUUGUGAUUGUGACUCUUGGUGAAGAUGGAUGCGUCAUGCUUGAAAGAAGUUUUAACACAUCUUCAGAUCCAGAAGAAAUGCAUAUUGAGGAAGUUUUGGAAUCGCUGAAGCGGAAAGCACUGAAUGACUCAACCAUGCCAUCAUGUGUUUCAUCGUCAGUGAUGAUGUUGAAAGCAGAUGGGCUUGAGACCCUGUGUGGCAGGCUACACGUCGGGACAGCUGAAGAGAUACCACCCUCAGAACUUGUUGAUACAACGGGUGCUGGGGAUGCAUUUAUCGGAGCAGUUCUUUAUGCUUUAUGUGCAAAUAUGCCUCCGGAGAAGAUGUUGCCAUUUGCUGCACAAGUGGCAGCCUGUGGCUGUAGAGCUUUGGGAGCUCGUUCAGGUCUACCCCGUCACUCUGAUCCUCGUCUUGCUCGGUUUUUACACGAGGGUUCUGAAGUUGCUGGUCUGGUGCCAUAAACGAGCAUGACACCUGGUCAUAUGGAUACAAAAAUGGUAUAUACCUUACAAGUUAGCUUUUAAUCCAUCCUGUAAUUCUAAUUUUUGGUACUUGUAUCCUUUCUUUGAGUCCCUUUUUAUCUUAUGUUGAUUUUUAUUCGCAUAGUUGAAACGCUUAAAUCAAGCUGUUUGCUGGAAGUUAAAUACUCUUUUUUACACUGAUUGCUGACUAUAAAUUAUUCGAAUCA